UACAACCAGCUGAAAUGUUACAGCCAAGAAACCAACGCAACUGCCAACCCAGGAAGGCCGCGCUGGCGGGGCCAUUGCAUACCCCGCCGCGGCCUGAUUUUCCUCCGGCUCCCUCCCCCAAUCCGUCCUUCGACCCCUGUUCCUUCCCGAUUCAAUUCCUUCAGACUAUAGCGGCACCAGCGACGUAGAUCUUUUUCUGUGUUCCUGUGUCCCCAGACGAAUUUAUUUGGUUAAGUUCUUGAAUCUUGAAUCACAGAAGACUAGUUUCGGAUCAGUCAAACUUCAAGGUGCUCAGACAACGGUUUGGAAAUCUAGCGUGAAGGAAACCUAUUUUUAAUGCAAGAACAAAGUUGAAUUGAGCCCGCACAGAAGGCCUAGCAUGUGGCGGCAUUAAUAGCCCGUAUUGAUGGCGUCGUCUCUAUCGUCGGCGCUGAGCUCGAUGGAGGUGAUGCUGGACGCGCUCAUGCAACGAGGGAUAGGGAAACCGGAAGAUCAGAAGCCCAAAGAAGAGGCUCCGCCGGCGCUGCCCACGCGGCCCACGGUGAGGGGCAGGCUUCCUUCGUUGCAUAGCCCCGGCGCCACGGCUCCAUGGAUUCACCGGCCUCCACUGCCGCCACUUCCUCCUGCACAGAAAGAAGAGGAGGAGAAAUGUUCAGUUAACUUGGACCUGGAAAGAAGGGCGCUGAAGGCAGAGGAGGAGGUGAAACAGAGAGACGAGGAGGUGAGGAAGAAAGAGGAUGAGAUCGCCGCCCUACGACAACAGGUUGAGCAUUACGAAUCCUGGCUUUCGGAAUGCGAGGUCAGGAUAAAGUCUGUGGAGGAUGAGCUGAAAAAGCAGAUCACUUCGUUACAGAUGGCUCAAACUACCGGGGGCAGGAGAGGUGGGUCGACGACAACAUCGCAGCAUCGGCAAGAAUCACCUGGCGAUGCCGUGCCACCGUCCCAGUCGUCCACGAGGCGGCAGCACGGUUGCGUGCCCACGGUCGUCAUCGUCGACAAGAGGCAAACGGAGGUGAAUCAACUGGCCAAGGAGUUCCGGCGUGACAGCGAGGCGUUUGAGCACGGGGCGCGCGUGGUUGUGGUGGAGGCGGCGGCGCCUCCUGGCAGCGCCAAGUCGGUGGACGAGCUCAAGACGCUGAAGCGGCAGUUCGGCGCGUGGAAGGAGUACGAGACCCGGCUGCUCAAGAAGCUCGUCCACACGGAGAAGAGCCAGAGCCACGGCCACGGCCACCAGCGGCGGUGCGGGUGGUGGAGGAUGAAGGCGCCCAAAUGCAAGGCCCCCAAAUGUUGCAGCUUCAAGUUUCCGAGCCCGAAAUUGUCCUGCUUCUGCUGCUGCUUUCGCUGCUGCUGCUAGUCAUUCGGAGAGCGGAUUGAGCAUGACACAACUGUAUUCUGGGUGUAAGUGUCGGAAUUGAAUCUGUAUAUCUUGUGAGAAAAUGUGAAUUUGGAUGGA